UUGUCCUUCCCAAAGCUUGGGCGGAUGGAGGAGGAGGCUGCGAGGAAGAGGAAGAUGCCUUGGGCCCCCCAGGCAGGCCCCGAGCUGAGGACGGAGAGCCCGGAGGACAAAUCCCCCCGGCAGAGCCUGGUGGGAGAGGCCGUUUUGAAGGGCUCCCCGGCGCAGGGAGGCAGCGGGAAGGAAAAGGGCCGGAGAUCCCCCCGCAGGAGGGGCUCCAAAGCCAGCCCAGGGUGCUCUGAGGAGGAAAGAGCCAGCCUGUACCAGGAAGGCAGCCGGAGCUUGAGCCGGAGCUCUGGGCUGGUGGAGCCUGAGCAGCCUCCCAGCAGGGAGAAGCGCUUCAGGUGCUUGGAGUGUGGGAAGAGCUUCAGUCACAGCUCCAACUUGAUCUGACACCAGCACAUCCACACUGGAGAAUGGCCCUUCAGGUGUGGGGAAUGUGGGAAGAGGUUUCAGACCAGCUCAGGGCAGAGAGGCCCUUCCACUGCAUCGACUGCAGGAAGGGCUUCAACCAGAACUCUGCCCUCAAAUGAACCCCGUGAUGGGGAGGCAACCCCUGGAGUCCAGUGACUGUCAGUCCAUCCCUUUCGACCAGAAAGGGACAGUCCCUUUUCACACAGGCAGGUUCUUCCAGCAGAACC